GCUCCCCAUUGGUUGAUCAUGAAUUUGAAUGGCUGGAAGGAUAUCGAUGUCAUUCUCUGGAUUUGACUCUGAUUGGCCUGACAGUCUACGUAGUUUCUCCCCUCAUUAGAGCAACCAACAAUUCAUGCUAUAAUGGGAAACAACUCCACGGCUACACAUGCGCUUUUACGCCGUUAGUCUUUCAGAAUUUCAGCUAGGCUAACACGGUCUACACUCCGGAGCCGCCUUUCUUGCAUACGGCGACUUUCGGCCAAGGAUAAGAUGCAGUCUCCAACCUAUAUGUACAUACCGACGACCCUCAAGUUCAGCCAAGUCUCGAGCUUUGCGUCUGAUUCCUAUUCGUAUCUUUUUCUAGACGCACUGGUUUGUUAGAAUUAUACCAUCCACCUCCAAAACAGUCAGCAUUGUGGUUGGUGAAUAGGUAGACUAGUGCGAUGUUCGAAUCAUCAAGACGGUGCCUUCUCUCUCGUCCAGUCUAACCUCUUCCUCGUUAACCUCCUCUUUCAUACGACAUGACCUCGUGUUUCGUCCUCUUAAUAUUUUCUCUCCUCUAUUUUCAACAAAAAGCCGUAGCGUUACAAGUCACUCCGGGGUCAUCAUGUGCGUCGGUCUGUUUGGACGAUCCAGCAAACCAAGAUGCGUCAUCAACAAAUUCGUCAGAUAUCGUAUGCAAUGAUCAAGAAUAUUCGACCACGACCGCCGGCAUCAGAUUUAAGAACUGCGUCGAAUGUUUACAAGAGAGUCAUGCUAUGAGCAAUGGGGAAAAUGACAUAUCUUGGUAUCUAUACAACCUACGAUACUCUGUUGACGUAUGCAUAUACGGUUUCCCAAACGCGACAAAAACCAUAUCGUCUCCGUGUGAUAUUGAUUAUGCUUGCCGACCUCUUAAGCAAGCAUUAGAGACCGGGAAUCUGAAUCCUGACAAUGGGACUCAGCUCGACUAUUGCACUGCAGAUGGUGGCGCAUUCAAUGGCUCUCAGCUGCAAGACUGCGUCCAGUGUUUCCGAUCUAGUGCUAACCAGUUUUACAUGUCAAAUUUUCUCACGGCGUUACAGGCGGGAUGUGAGCAAAAGCCCCAAGCCGGCGACCUCCUUGGUCUUAGCGGGUCAUUGUUCACUCAAUUUCAAGUGAACAUCACUGCUGCUCCUCAGAAUCAGACUACUGCCUCUGAUGACAAGUCGAAGACUACCAUGACCACUGGCGCCAUCGUUGGUAUUGCUGUCGGAGCUACAUUGCUAUUUUUGGGAGGGACGGGGUUGUUCUGGGUCUAUCACCGAAAGCAGAAAUAUCUAUAUGGUAGCCCACUCGAGUCGCAAAAUGGACGAAAAUCUAUCUCGCCGCCUCUCGUGGGCAACUAUUCGAAUUACUAUGGAAACACCCAAAACUCUCUACCGACGAACUGGAAGACGCGAGCUCAGCAGCCUUACACCAAUAAUGCCGACUACUAUGAUCAAACGGAGAAGGUAGUGCAAGGUAACCCGAAAUCGAAUUAUACAUACAAUCCGAACCAAUUAGGCCUACCCACCCAUCCUGCCUACCUACCGCGGGUCGCGAGCCGAACAGCGUCUCGGAAUGACACGCCUAGCCCGCCACCACCGAUCAAAUCUAAUAAACCUGAUGAUUUCGCCAUAAAUUCUUAUCUGAAUGCGGCACCUUCAAUGAACCAAAUAAUACCGACCCCGUAUAUCCCGGCCGCCGCAACAACAGCAAGCGACAAGGGCCCCUUACCUCUGCUACCUACGCAAUUCCAAGCUCAGCCAUAUCUAUAUCCUCAUCUUCAACCCCCUCAACCCCAACCAACUUAUCCAACGCCUCAGGUAACAAUAUCGCUACCAAACCACGCACCUCCACCCCACCCAAUCUUCACGAGCGCCGCGCCCCCUCCCCCACCACCUCCCGGCCAGCCUGCUCCUCGGCUAUCACUCCCUAGCAAAGCGCGGAAACCGAUGAAAUACGUGCCACCACGAAUAACCGUCGACCGUCCACUCGAGGAAGUAACACCACCGCAUAGCAGAGAUCAUGAUGACUACGACGACGACCGGGACGAGGUCCUGUCCAUCGGGUUCGAAAUACCAAACCCCACGCCUCGGCGCGAGCAAGAGGAACCGCCACGGUGGGGGCAAGAAUCACACGUAGGGUACGGGAUAAGGAUGGGAACGCCACCAGAGCAGCAUCGGCAGGAGCCGCAGGUUGCCGAGCACCGCGUCGUAGACCGGCGACGGAGGGUGACUGAGUUCACGGACAUGGCGUCUAUUCAUUCAACCCAUAGCGAUUUGUACGGAUAGUGUAAGAUCUCGGAUAGUUAAAACGAAUAAUGAUACAUUGGUGGAUUUUUGUCUAGGAAAAGCAUCGAGAUCUACGGGAGUUUGGGAGAUGUUUUAUAUCGGGACAUAGCAUGGAUAUGACCAUACUGCACAUUUUACGGUGGGAGCAUUGAUGGCUAUCACCGCGAUAACAUAUUAAGUAAAUUAAUGAGAAAAUCUUCACAUUUA